GGGAGGGGAGAAGCAGUUCACCACUCUCCACUAGCUUUCAGUUUUGUACUUUUGUGUGCGGCGCGGGUAGGAUCCGCCAAACUCUCGGGGGCAGUCAGUCCAGCAGAAAAAAAACUCAACGAUAAAAAAAAAACCAAUAAAGAGUCUCGCUCUCCGCCUUCACGAGUGAAUUAUUUUUUAAAGUGUGAAUGUAACGUGAUUUCAUCCCAUCCUCCAGCCACCUCAGUGGCAUUCCACCGAUAAUAAAACUCGUUAUCCUCGAUGGCGUGCCGAAUAAUCAUCCAGGACGAUUAAAAACACCUGGACAUACUGAUGCCCCUGGUGCAGAACAUCAACUCUCCAAUCAUCAAAACAACUUCAGUGUUCACAGACCCGAGAAAUAGAAAAAAAAAUCAGUACAAAAUCUUCAAGUUCCUGGUGAUGCUUCUGGACCAUUGAAUCUUCCCUUCGACGAGACAAAUACAAGGCCACUGCAACCCCCAAUUUUUUUCCCCUUGUACAAGGUGUGAAGAGGAUACCAACGGAUCUUGUGUUGUUCCAUGGCGAUCGUUCCCACUGGUCGAGGAACGUGCUUGCCUACGUCACUGCGUAAGGUGGCACACGGGUGAAUGUGAUACAUAAAGAGGAAAUCAAUUAUUUUUAUUAUUUAUCGGAGAAUAAUAGUGUUAAAAGUGAUCAUUGUGAUUUAUCGUUGAACAAGGUGGUGGAUUGUUAAAUGGUGUAGUUGAUCGCGUCACCGCCCAUAUGUGAUGUGUCCAAGUGAAUGAGUAAUCAUGUACUGCCAGGACAAGGGCUCGGCGGCAUCCAAGAGCAAAGAGGGUGGUACUGUGACGAUGCGAGAGAAGAAGGGAGGCGCACUGAGCAGGGUUCAAAAACUGAAAAAACGACUCAGUCACAGUUUCGGGCGACUCUCGAUAUCGAAGGAGGAAGCUGAAGAUGUGGCGAAUAGAGGUUCAUUGGCUUACAAUGGUUUCUCGGAAGAGUUCCUAGACCGUUUGGAGCGAAACGGUAACUUACCCGUGGACAAGGAUCGCAGUUACGCCAAGUCGAUUACAUCAACAUCUAUAUCCCAUGUCGCAGAGUGGGGUGGUGUGGGUGAUCAUGAGAGGGUACACCGACAGCUGUCAGUAUCCAGUGACUCGAAAUUACUGGAUGAGGAUAUCAGGGAAGAGGCCCGAGUGAUUCUGAGACCACGUAAACCCCCCAGACCAAAAUCAGAAGUAUUUCUUGGGCCAGAUCCCGCACCGAGAAGAACCAAGAGAUUUUCAGCCUUCGGUGGUGAUUCGCCAUUUGGUAAAUCCGAGGGCUACAUCAAAUUGGAGCAACUUGGUGAGGGUUCAUAUGCCACUGUGUUCAAGGGUUACAGCCAUUUGGCUGAACAGGUCGUCGCACUUAAGGAGAUCAGACUUCAGGAGGAGGAGGGCGCGCCAUUUACUGCCAUACGUGAGGCCAGUCUACUGAAAGAACUUAAACACAGUAACAUCGUGACACUACAUGAUAUUAUUCACACGCGUGAAACACUUACAUUUGUUUUUGAAUUUGUUCACACUGAUCUCUCGCAGUAUAUGGAGAGGUAUGGCAGCGGGGGUGGUGGACUCGAUCCAAGAAAUGUGAAAUUAUUCCUCUUCCAGCUGCUACGGGGACUGGCUUAUUGUCAUCGCAGGAAAGUACUGCACCGUGAUGUCAAGCCUCAGAACCUCCUGAUUAGUGAAAUAGGUGAACUAAAACUCGCAGACUUUGGUUUAGCGAGGGCAAAAUCAGUGCCUUCACAUACGUACUCCCACGAGGUCGUGACCCUGUGGUACAGGCCACCGGAUGUCCUCCUCGGCUCAACCGAGUAUUCAACGUCACUAGAUAUGUGGGGCGUUGGUUGUAUAUUCGUUGAGAUGCUUACCGGUGUACCAACGUUUCCUGGUGUGAGAUGUACCUACGAUCAAUUGGAUAAGAUAUUUAGAAUGUUGGGAACACCAACGGAGGAGACAUGGCCAGGUGUCACGAGAUUACCCGGUUAUAAGACACAUCGGUUGGCAUUUUAUCCACUUAGGAAAUUAGGACUGUCCUUUCCCAGACUGUAUGACGUGACUGAGGGUGAUAACAUGGCAUCUUCACUGCUGCAGCUCAAUCCUGACGAUCGAAUAGAUGCUGAGGAGGCGUUGAAGCAUCCAUACUUCGCCUCACUUCCUAAUAAACUCUAUGAGCUGCCUGACGAGGUAUCGAUAUUCACCGUCGAAGGGAUUUACCUAUUCACCGAGUCACGACAAACGUAUGCUGACUCACGUCAUACAGCCCUCAAAACUUGAGGUCGGGCAUAAAAAUAAGGGAAACGACCAACAGAAGUUUUAAACGAGUAAAUAAUCACGUACAGAGUCGAUGAAAACGAUCGGAUUUUCACAUUGUAAAUGAGUAUCCGUUUAGUUCUCACGAUGAUGUUGCGAAUAUCAUUGACAUAUUUUUCAUUUAUCUCUCCUAUCCGGCUAAUUAAAGGUACAGAAGAAUAAUUAAAUUGUCCGAUCUGCUCAUAUUUUGUAUUGGAAAUGAAAACAAUCUUCGCAUAGAGAAGACUAAAAAGAACACGUGUUACUUGUAAUAAUUAGGAGAAGUCAUUAAAUUUGUAGAGUCAUUUUGUAGUGAGAGACGCGGACAAGUUAAAUCAGGUUGAUUAUCAUUGAUAGUGGGAAAAAAAAAAUUGAAAAAUGCAUUCGAAAGCUACGCACGCUGGAUUUAGAGCAAAAAAAAUGCAAAAGCACGCACGACCCAUCCUCGCACUUCGUCCAAAUACUAGAUAUUAGACUGAAUACCAAUCAAAAGAGAUUCGAUAAUGGAUAAAGGAAGUUAUGUCUACCGCCUAGUGGAAAUUAUCCCCUCUCUCUACUCCGUUUCCGAGCCACUUUGCAGGCGGUGAGUUCGACGUAGCGAACAAAAAAAAAUUAAGUAAUGCAAUUUAUCAUUAUUAGGUGAAAUCAUGGAAGAUCUGUAGCGCUAGGUCAAUCAUUCUGCAUUGCUAUGUGGUAUCGAUGCUCGAUUCAGACGCGUACGUCUGUUCAUCAGUUAAAAUUAUUUGACCAAAUUUAGGAGAAAUGGAUUGGUAGAAGUUUCUGAUUGGAUUGGAUUUAUUUGACUGAGAAGGGGCGAAACAAUGACUCACUUUGCUUGCUCAUUAUUAUUUUAUGUUGGGGAAUCUAAGAAAGUUGCCAAAUAUUUUACUUAUUAUUGUUUAUCUGAUGUUUCUGCAUAAUAAAUCCCUCGGAAAUAUUGGAUGAUCUCUGCAGAUUCAGAAAUUUCACUUGACAAUCAGUUCGUUCAGUCGCAUGAGUUAAGACUGUGUGUUGAUUAAAGUUCGAUCAAAUUUUAUCUAUUGCAAUUUGAUCAAAUUCCGAUAGAAUUCAUUAAAUAAUUUUGGACUAGAUUUAUUCAGUGUGAAAAUUGCAUGGAUCAGUUCAGCUUUUUAAUUAGUUUGUAGCGAAUGUUUGACAAUCUUAGAAAUUUGCCAAAAAUGGUUACUUUGAGUAUUUUUAUGUUUAUUUGAGCUUUUCGCACAUGAAAACCUCUCAUAAACAUUGAUCAUCUUUACAUACAAUGAAAUUGCACUUCAACAUUGAUUUCUUUCCUACGCAUGAGUUAACAUGUUUAUUAAGUGCCAUUUAUUCGAUCAAAGUCAGUCUCACUUAAUUAUUAGGAUUUAACAAUUCGAUUCACUGGGUAACAAUAUUGUAAAAAUCAGUUCGUUAAAAAUAGCGAAAUUCUGGUGAGUCAUAUAUGAAAGAAAUUAUUAUAUUAUAUUAUAUUAAUUAUAUUAUUUCUUCCAUAUUGCAUUUUGCCAGAAUAGAAAUUAUUCCAUAAAGUGUUGCUCUAGGCUGCUAAAUUUUCAGGGACCCUUAGCAAUUAUUUAUCAGACUCUACUACCUGCCUCCUCAAUUAAUUAAAUGCCAAUCAAUCAGAGAUUUUUGACAAAACUCUCGUGUGUAAAGAUCAUAAAUCUAAAAAGGUCACUUCGCUCGCUCAAUGGCCCCACUCCUCUCUGCUCGCAAUUUAUCGUCGAUUUGUAUCUAAUUGAAUAAACAAACGAAAUACCUUAUUCGAUUUUUAAAAAAAUUAGCUCGUAAUCGUAACGUGAUGAUAGCAAAUAAACAUAGAGUGAUAAGUAAACUUUGAGAACAAGUCUCUCAAGUCAUUGACAAAUCGACGAGCGGAGGAUGCGAGUAAAAGCGAGCGACUCAUCAAUCAAGUAAUUAAUUAAUUUCAUUAGCCCCAUCUACCGGUAGUAGUGUAACUUUUACAGAAAAAAAAUUGAGUAAAAACCACGUAUGUUCGUUACAACUUUUGAUAGGCCAACGAAUGGUGCUUGAUGAAUAUACGACUAAUGAAGUAAUGUUAAAUUGUACAUUAAUUGGGGAUAACUGAUAAUCUCGUAAUAGUUGCCUGGCUGGUGGCAUAAAUCAUACGUAAUCAUGAUUAUUUUCUUAGAAAAUAAUUGUUUUUUUUUAAUAUGUUGAUAAUAUCAGUGAGUUAAGAGCGUUACAGGUCUUCCAAAAUGAAAAAAAAAAGUUAAUUACGAGUCAUGAGAAUUAUGUCCAAGCAAUGAUGACUAUUACGACUAAUAAUGUUAUUCCCUAGUAGAUUUAUAUUUAUACCGAUUUUUCAGCGCACUCAUAGUUUUUGCCAGGCCCCUCCUAACCUUAUUAGAUUAAUAUUUUCACCUUGCCUUCCUCAGCCUUCCUCACUCACAUUUACUUUUUAAUUGUUAGCGUGCUAGCCUUUGAAGUUGCUGCAUUAUCCGUUUGAGGAAUAUAUUUUCUCUUGAAUCGUUUGGGGCCUAUUUGCCGUAAAGUUCAAGUGUAGGUUGAGUGAUAUUGCUGGUGGGUGAUGAGGAAUUAUUAAAAUAUUUGAGGAUCUGGAGGGCAGGGAAAGAUAAAUUCAAUCACGUGGAAUUUUUGAAAAUUCUUAUUUAUGAAGAAAAUUGGUUGAGAGUGUUAAUGGAUUCUUUGAGUCAAUUGAAUGUGCAAUUGGUGAGAUAAUUUUGUGAAUUCUUGUGUAACUGAAGAGCUGAGGAGGUAGGAUGUAAAUAGAAAAACACCAUCGAUUUAUAUAAUUGAUGACGCUGAGAUAGAAACAGGAGGUAAUAAAUGUGACUUUGUAAUAAAUUGGUGAAAUUAACAAAUCAGGGGUUUACACUGAUGUGUUUUGGAAAAAAAAAACAGGAGUAAUAUGAAAGUGAUUGAAAUAAUCAAUUUCCCACCAGUCUCAUUUAGUUUAGACUACACCACGAUCAUGAUUCAUUGAAGAAAUGCGAAAGAGAUAUGCUCAUUUAUUAUACUUUAUUAUUUGUUAAUUGUAUUUGUAAUAUAACUGUGGUAGAGACUGUCAUUUGUAUGAAUUAGUCCGCAAUUAUUGUCUUUAUUUGUUCAUCUAUAAAUUUUUUUUAUACAACAAUUUUAGUGUGAUUAUUGCUGUCAUUUUUUACGAUUUACUUUUAUUCAUGGAGUGAAUGGCGUGGCAGCUCAGUGAACAUUGUAAUACGAAUGAUUAAAGUGAAAAGACAAGUACUGUUUUUAAGUAUGGAACAAAA